GAAAUAACAACUGACAACUACCAUUCCCCACUAAAUCAGACUGUCAGUUUCUUCCUCGCUCGCUAUAAAUAUUCAUUUCUCUCACGAUCUCCUUUCCUUACUCUCAAAGAGAAAAAGAAAAGAUGGCAAAUCCGAAAAUCUUAUACCUGUUUUCUGUUUCCCUUCUCUUCCUCAUUUCCAUCUCCUCCGCGGCCGCUUCCUCCUUCUUAGACGAGCGGCGACUCGGAGGAUCAAGUUUCCCCUCGAUACAUGCGAAGAAGUUGAUAAGGGAGUUGAAUUUGUUUCCUAAAGAGGAAGUCAACGUCGUUGAUGGAGGCCAGGUUUCCUUACCGGAGGAUUCGAGGUUGGUGGAGAAGCGGUUCAAGUUCCCGAAUUUGGCGGUGCCUGGUGGGGUUUCCGUUGAGGAUUUGGGUCACCAUGCUGGUUAUUACAAGCUAGCUAAUUCUCAUGAUGCCAGAAUGUUCUAUUUCUUCUUUGAAUCGCGAAAUAGCAAAAAGGACCCUGUUGUAAUCUGGUUGACUGGAGGGCCAGGGUGUAGUAGUGAAUUGGCUUUGUUUUAUGAAAAUGGUCCUUUCACCAUUGCUGAUAACAUGUCUCUUAUUUGGAAUCAGUAUGGUUGGGACAUGGCAUCGAACCUUCUGUAUGUGGACCAACCCAUUGGUACUGGCUUUAGUUAUAGUUCUGAUAGAAGGGACAUUCGUCAUAAUGAAGAUGAAGUUAGCAACGACCUAUAUGACUUCUUACAGGCAUUCUUUGCUGAACACCCUGAGUUUGAAAAGAAUGACUUUUAUAUAACUGGAGAAUCAUAUGCUGGGCACUACAUUCCAGCUUUUGCUGCCCGAGUCCACCAAGGAAACAAAGCUGAAGAUGGAAUUCAUAUAAACCUAAAGGGAUUUGCUAUUGGUAAUGGCCUGACUGACCCUGCAAUCCAGUAUAAAGCUUACACAGAUUAUGCUUUGGACAUGGGGGUAAUUAAGAAGUCUGACUACAAUCGUAUCAACAAGCUGGUUCCAGUUUGUGAAAUGGCAAUAAAGCUUUGUGGCACUGAUGGCACAAUCUCUUGCAUGGCUUCAUAUUUUGUCUGCAAUGCCAUAUUCACUGGCAUCAUGGCACUUGCUGGCGAUACAAAUUACUACGACAUUAGAACGAAAUGUGAAGGGAGCCUUUGCUAUGACUUCUCAAACAUGGAGACAUUUCUGAACCAGGAAUCUGUUAGGGAUGCCCUUGGAGUUGGGAGUAUUGACUUUGUGUCCUGCAGUCCUACAGUGUAUCAGGCCAUGCUGGUUGACUGGAUGAGGAAUCUUGAAGUUGGCAUUCCUGCUCUCCUAGAGGAUGGUGUCAAGCUUCUUGUAUAUGCUGGAGAAUAUGAUCUCAUCUGCAACUGGCUUGGCAAUUCGAGAUGGGUCCAUGCAAUGGAAUGGUCUGGUCAGAAGGAGUUUGUAGCAUCUCCUGAGGUUCCUUUUGUCGUUGAUGGCUCAGAAGCAGGAGUCUUGAAAACUCAUGGACCUCUUGGUUUCCUAAAGGUUCACGAUGCAGGUCACAUGGUUCCUAUGGACCAGCCAAAGGCAGCAUUGGAGAUGCUGAAGCGGUGGACUAAGGGUACAUUAUCUGAAGCUGCCGAUUCAGAGAAAUUGGUUGCUGAAAUAUGAUUUCCAUCAUUGCACUGCUUGCAUACAAUUUAGUUGGCAUUAGAAUGGGAAUAGCCGUAUCGUAAAGCUCUGGGGUUUCUAUGUAUGCCUGUAAAUAAUUGCAUGUUAAUGCUAGUACAAUGGUAUCUUUGUUUUUUUGAAGAUCACCUACUGAACUUAUAUGAAUCAAGGACUUAUAAAAAUCUUCAAGCUGGCUUACUUAAUUACUAUACAUGGUUAUAGAUACACAUUGUUUAAUGAAAUUUUAUUUGUCCAAUUAAUGAAGGAGAUUAAAGUA